AUGCAACUAUCCACUCUACUCCCUUUACUCGCUCUCUUGGCCACUUCCACUCCCACCUUGGCCUCGACUCACCGACGACACUCUGCAAAAGCUGUUGAUCACGCUCGUGCCGUCGAGAGAUUAGCUACUGCCGUCGAGAGGAGACAACCUGUCGGUGAGGUAGCGAAACCCAAGAGGAAAGUCGUCAGAAAGAGAGGAACGACAUGUAGAGCCAAGACCACGACAUCUUCUGAAGCUCAAGCUGCGGCAACCACCACCUCGCAAGCUGCUGCUACUGCUGCUGAGACCAGCAGUACUUGGGUCGAACCUGCUGAGAACUAUACCAACGGAACUAACGUAAGUAACUAUCAAGACUACAAUACUCAAGCACAAGAUCAGAAUAACAGUAAUAAUAACUAUCAACCUCAAACACAGACUUCUCAAGCUGCACAAGACUCUUCAAGCGCAACUUCCACUUCAGCUGCUGCCGCUGCUACUACCUCUGCUUCAUCAAAUUCUACCAGCACGGGGCAAUACACUCCCAAUGGAAAGAAAGCUGGUAUAGCUGGUGGAGACGCUUACGACCAGUGUGAAGAUUACAUCGGAUGGUGGUAUGAUUGGUCUGCCAACCCAUCCGGACACUCUGGUACACCGAUCGCCGUACCGAUGUUAUGGGGUGCUGGAACAGUCGACAGCACCGAUGCAUCUCGAUUGUCCGCAUUCGAAGCUAUCACCACCGCUCCUCAGUACAUCAUGGGCUUCGAGGAACCCGAUUGUUCCACAUGGGGAAGUGCCAACAUCGAUGUCUCCACCGCCGCUGGUCUAUGGAACUCAUUGAUCGGUCCCUUCAAAGCUAAAGGAUCCACUUUGAUCUCCCCAUCGAUGUGUCAUCAAGCUGCCGAACAAUAUAUAGGAUGGUUGGCAUCAUUCGAAAAGCAAAUUUCCGUCUCUUGGGAUAUCACCAACAUCCACGUUAACAAGAACAACAUGGACGGUGUUAAAGCUGAUAUCGAUUACUAUUAUAACACUUUCGGUAAACCCAUUUGGGUCACUGAAUUCGCCUGUGUGGACGAUUCGACUGAUUUCGUCCCUUGCACGGAUCAAACCGAGAUCAACACCUUCAUCAACGACAUUGUAACUUUGUUCGAAGCCGAUGAAAGAGUACACGCUUAUGCUUAUUCGAAUGGCGACGGUUUGGGCGAUGUUUGGCCUAUGUACAAGAAUGGUGCAUUGAGUGAAUCCGGUCAAACUUAUGUCACCGCCAUUUCGAAUGUACAGCAUUAA